CUCUCCGGAACGUCGUCGUUUUGUCGUCUCGAUUCGAACCAGAAGCCCUAGCAAUCUGAUUUUGCCGAGAUAUGAGUGAUCCGAGUGACAAGUUAGCUUAUUUCCAGGCGAUCACAGGCCUCGAUGACUCCGAUUUGUGCGUCGAGAUCCUCACCGCCCAUGGCUGGGACCUCGAGCUCGCGAUCUCCUCCUUCACCGCCACCGACAGCCACGCCCCUCCGCCUCCGGAGAAUCACCCCGCCGGCACCUCCUCCGACGCCGAGCAGUUCAUCUCCCAGCCGCGGCAAUCCGGAUCGCCUUCCACCGCCGUCGCCGCUGUAGCGCCUCCCGGAUUGGUAUGGAGGGUGGUGACUCUCCCGAUUUCGGUGAUUUCCGGUAGCCUGGGGUUGAUCUCCGGCGCGAUUGGGCUCGGUAUGUGGGCCGCGGGAGGCGUGCUGUCGUACUCGCUGGGGUUGAUUGGACUGGGCUCGGGCCGCGGCGGGGGCGAGGCCUCGGUGUCGGCUGCGGCGACGGAGGCGGUGGAGUUCGUCGCGAGUUUCGAGAGGGACUAUGGGACGAGAGGGCCGAAUUUCGUCGGGGAAGGGUUUAUGGAUGCGUUGCAGAGGUCGAGGAACUCGUAUAAGCUUUUGUUCGUGUAUUUACACUCGCCGGAACACCCCGAUACGCCGGCGUUCUGCGAGAGGACUCUGUGCUCCGAGCCCCUGGCGGCUUAUAUCAAUGAGAACUUUGUUUCGUGGGGAGGGAGCAUUAGGGCAAGUGAGGGGUUCAAGAUGAGUAACAGCUUGAAGGCGUCGAGGUUUCCUUUCUGUGCUGUUGUAAUGGCUGCUACCAACCAGAGGAUCGUGCUGCUUCAGCAGGUUGAGGGACCAAGGUCUCCUGAAUUAAUGCUUUCAGAACUGAGCAAAGUGGUUGAAGAGAGUGCUUCUGUUCUUGUUGCAGCCAGGCAUGAGGCUGAAGAAAGGAGAAACAACAUUCGUUUAAGGGAAGAGCAGGAUGCUGCUUAUAGAGCAGCACUUGAAGCUGAUCAAGCAAGGGAAACUCAGAGGAGAGAAGAGCAAGAACGCCUGGAAAGAGAAGCUGCUGAAGCUGAGAGGAAACGUAAGGAGGAAGAAGAAGUUCGUGAAAGAGAAGCACGUGAAGCUGCUGAGAGAGAGGCAGAACGAGCUAGGAUACGUCAGGAGAAGGCCUUGGCUCUUGGUGCUGAACCAGAGAAAGGACCUGAUGUUACAAGAGUGUUGGUGAGGUUCCCAGCCGGAGAACGCAAGGAAAGGAGGUUUUACAGUACCACAACAAUCCAGAGUCUGUAUGAUUACGUAGAUUCUUUGGGUUGCUUAGAUGUCGAUGAUUACAGUCUGGUAUCUAACUUCCCUCGGGUGGUAUAUGGUCCUGAGAAAGCCAACUUAAACUUGAAAGAAGCAGGGUUGCAUCCUCAAGCCAGUCUUUUUGUGGAGCUGAAUUCUUGAGUAAUUAAAACGCAAAGUAUCUAUAUCAAAAUUAGUAGAGACAGAUUGAGAUCUGCAAACUGCUAGUAGGGUACUUUUCUUUUUUACUUAUCUAUAGUAUGAUCCAUUUUGUUAGAACGAUAUGAUUAAGUAAGAUAGAUACCAUUUAUGUCUAAUGUGAUGGGUAGUUCCUUUCAAUGCAAAUUCUUUCGUGCUA